AGAGGGGGUGGGUGGCUCGGUCUCACGGAGGGGGUGGGUGGCUCGGUCUUGAAAGUAACAGUUGGUUAUGGAGAGAAUGACUGAUCUAGCACCCCACAGUCCGUUUACCACUGCUUUAAGGAAUUUCGACAAUAAUCUUUGUGAGAAUGAAAAAGGGAUAGAAAUCAGAGUUUAUAGAGAUGGGAAGUCACUGAAUUCUUCGCAACUAGAAAGGGAUUAUCAAAAUUGGAUUCUUCAGAUGCACAUGAAGUAUGAUGAAGAAGUUGAUCACGGUGAAGAUGAACCUAUACUUGCUCUUAUGCCGAGCCCUGCAAAAGGAAAGACGAUUGGCAUGUCAUGUGAUAGUAUGAAUGAAAAAGGGAAAGCUUUUGGUUUUCUGAACUUGAUAGGAAAAAAAAUUGAAAGGGUUCACCAAGUUUUUAAAAGGAAUGGAAUAACAUGGAAAGCUGGUCAAAAGAUAAAACUUUUGAAGGCAGCAUGUGCUGGUGUUUAUAAAAAUAAUGUCUAUGCAACUAUAGAAUAUUUUGUACUUGGAGGUUUCCAAGGAGAUCCAGGUGGAGAAGCUCAGAUUAUUUGCAGGCCACUUGGUACAUCAGAUAAGGAUGGGUGCGUUCUUUCUGAAGUUGAUGGGAUGAUGAGAUUUAAUAUUAAAAGCUCCAUGUCUAUACCUAUAAAUGUGAUUGAUUCCAAAAAGUGCUUACUGGUUGAAAGUACUGAAUGGAAAAACCAGAUGGAUAAGCGGCUUCAGAAAUAUCCAUCUACAAUUGACUUGCUAAGCCCAAAAGAAGGUGAAGAAUUAGAGGUUGGGGUAGAGGUUAGAGUUUUUAUAUUCAUUUAUUGAAGAAACAA